GGUAUAUAUUUAUUAAACGAGACCCACUUUUAUAAGCGUUCAUAUUUUGUACAGGAAAUGAUGAUGUUGGUUUUAGCGCGUGUGUUGAUGUCAACGUGUGUUGAUAAUAUCCGUGACUAGCUACACGCAGACAAAAAAAAAUAGGCCACAUCUAUCGUCUGAUCGACGUUUAGCCAGCUUUAUCUCCGGGUCGGAAAUACGUCGUUCGACCUUGAUAAAAUGAACGAAGGCUGGUUGCUCAAUAACCGAGUUGUUUAUGGAUUGUUGUGAUAUAAUUAUCGACCAGUGAGAGCUGGAAGAAUGAGUUGGCGUCAGAUAAAAUGGACAAGGACUGGUGUUUUGGUGAAGAAUUUCGAACUCUGUGUCGCGGAAGCUGGGAGAAGGUUUACCUCAAGUUUGACAGACCACCUGGCGCCACCUCUCCUAACGAGUCCCUGAUUUCAACCACUAAAACGUUUCCCUUCGAGGAGCAGGCUCCUCGUAGGACGACCAGUCCACAGUGUACGCAUUCAGAUGCUGGUUCCACAGCAUUUGACCUAGAUUUCUCCAUUUUUAAAGGUGAUCACUUCGUGCCAAUGUCGGAUCCUAGUGUCAAUGACGGUAGAUCCGCCUUGUGCGUUACCGUGGAGAUGGGAAUCUCUUCAAACGUCGAGGCGCUUCUUGCAGCAGGAUAUGACGUCAACACGAGUAAAGACAUCGAUGGCAGCGCGCCAAUCCACCUCGCUGUCAGUCACCGCCUGUAUGACAUCAUUAAAGUCUUGUUGCGUCAUAGAUGUGCCCUAGACGUGUAUAACGGGUCUGGUUACACGCCGCUUCAUACCGCGAUACUAAAUCGCGACGAACACGCGCUCCGCCUCAUGUGUUCCUAUCUGCGCUCCCGACUUCCGAUAAGGGAGGGAAUCACCGGUGACUUCCGGUGUUCGGACAUAGACCUGAGAGCCUCGUUCUCGGGCGAGACGUGUCUGCACAUCGCGGUGGAGCAGAACUCGUGCGAGAUCGUCAAGAUCCUCACGGACGAAGGCGCCUCGGUCGAGAUGGUCAACUACUUCAGCCAGACGCCGCUCGUGCUGGCGUGCCGCUACAACUACAUCGCCAUAGCCGACGUCCUGCUCGGCGCCGGAGCCAACCCGAACACAACGGGCAGCUUCGGAAACCAGCGAAACACGCCGCUGGCCCUGGCCGCCAAAUACAACUAUCUUCAGUUAGCGAGACUAUUGGUCCAGUACGGUGCUGACGUCAAUCUGGGCGACGACAGCGGGCCGUGUCCUCUGUUUACGUCUUUGCUGUGCGCGUCGGAAGACGUCACAACAUUCCUGUUGACGGAGUGUCUCGGGCGAGGUCUUGACGUCACGCUGUCGAAGAUGAACGGCGAGACGUUAUUGCACGCACUUCUGACGUAUAAAGGAGAGAUGAGGAUCGAGUUCGCCAAAGUGCUCGUGCAAAAUGGCUGCUCCGUGAACCAAGCCAACCGCGCCAAACAGUUCCCGCUGCACGAGACGGUAGCCAGACGAGAUUAUGCCAUGACGUCUGCGCUGCUGGAUUUAGGCGCGGAUAUGGGGGUGUUCGAUAGGUGGGGUCAGAACGCUCUGCACAUCAGUGUCGCUCUUGGAUUGAAGAAAAUAACCAAGUUACUUCUUGCGGCGGGCGCCGACAUUAAUUCCGUGACGUCAUCGGGAAGAAGUGUUCUAUAUAUAGCUCUCGAUCAAGGUUACUUAGACAUCGCCAGGUUCCUCGUCGCGCAUGGAUUCAAUCUUAGAAAAGAACUCUACCUGAUACAUGACAGCGGUGAGGACGUCAGACGACGGAAGUUACCGCUCAUGCUGUCGUCCAAUACCGAGUUGAUGGAGUAUCUACAACAGCACGCGCUUUCUCCCGCCACGCUGUUCGUUAUUUCAAUGACAACAGUCAGACGACUCCUUCUGUUGGGGAAUUCCUCCCUAGAGAGUGCGCUCCAGUUACCCAUCCCUCAGUUUCUACGACAUUUUAUAUGUUACGACACUUUACUAUGAAAUCCAUGCUAGUAAUUUACUUUUUCAGAGGAAUGAGAUUUUAAAUGUUAUAACAAUUUAUAAAUGCUAUGAGAUCCUUGUUUGUAAAAUUAGGGGUCUAUGUUAAUUAUCAACAUGUUCAGGAGAUACAAACUGUACUCCUUUUUUUCUGGUAUUCACCUUCUUCCUCCUAUAAUAAGGAUUUUGGUUGUAGGUUUGUUUGGGGUUUGGGGUGGUUUUUUGUUGUGUUUUGGGUUGUUUCAUUGUUAUAUUUUUGUUUGUUUUGUUGGAAUUUUUUGGGGAGGGUUGUUGUUUGUUUGGAGGGAUUGUUGUUGUUUUUUAUUGUGGUUAGGAGGUGUGGAUUUUUUUGUAGGGAGGGGGGCUCUUUUAAGUGCGCCGCCCACCCCUCCACUAGCGUGCAGUUUGUACGCUUCUGAAAACGUUGAUAAUUUUGACGGUUCCAUACAAGUAUUACUAUCA